ACCGUGCGUCUGCAAAAAUUGCGAGUCGGCAUGAGUGGCGCGCUGGGGAAUUCGCGCCACACCGGAGCACAAGGCACGCCGCGAUUGGUCGACGGAGUGAGCGCGGCGCCACCAGUAAGCGUUUUUGAGAAGCUUCAGUAAGAUGGACGAAGCAGGCAGUUUGUCUGGUCUUGAGGGCCAGGAUUGGGCUAAAUGGAUGCGCCGAAUGGGCCGGGACAGGCCGGAGGACGACCUGAACGGCGUGGACAGUCCGGACGACGAUGCCUCCAAGCCGACGGCCCACUGCAAGCGCCUUCCUCUCAAGGACCACCACCUCUUCGGCCACUGUCCCGAGGUCGACCCGUUCGUCGCCGCGGUCUGCGAGUACUGCCAAAAAAUCGUCAAGAUACCCUUCUUGCAACAACACAUAGCAAAAGCGCACAAUGGGAUGUUAAAAAGGUACAAAAUAAAAGAGGAACCAAAGCCCGAGGUGUCAGUCAAGCAGCCGUCCCCGCCCGUGGUGUCGAAAGCGCCGAAGGUGCUGCCCGUCAUGGGCAAACAGUCAAUCCUGGUGGCGGCCGCGGCCAGGUUCGCCGAGGCGCCGCUUUCGCCACCCUCGCAGCCGGAAGUCCCUGCCGUCGUGGUCAAGACGGAGAAGAGCCGAAAGCGCGGCCGCUCAAACAAGGCCGAGGCGCCUGAGAAGAGGCGCAGGGUGGAGACCGCCGCUGGCUACAACCCGGAUAUCCACUGCGGCGUGUGGAACGAACAGACCAAAACCAACUGCCUCAGGGCCCUCACCUGCAGGAUCCAUUCCCUCGUUCUCAAAAGGGCUGUGCCGAUGCGAACGCGUUUGUUCGACGACCUGCUGGCGCAGCACAAAGCGCAACACAAGCUCAAAAAGGAGGCGAGCAGCAGCCAGGUGGAGGAAGACGGCGACGUUGUGAUCGAGGAGGAAGAAGAGGAGGCGGCUGGCCGGCCAAACGGCCGCAUUAUUAACGGCUCGUUUGCCAACGCGGAAAUAUCGCUCGAGGACUACCCAAUUGCCAACCACGAAUUUUUGGAAUUGCCUUUCCCAAAAUUGUGGGCGUCGCCAAGCUCGGAAGUGCUGAGAAGGCCCAUUCUCGGGGACUUCCAGAUGCCGCACAAGCUGCAACCGCCUGAACGCUGGCCCAUCGACGACGCCCUCGACUGCAGACCGCCAGCUCCAAAACCCCUCAUGGUGUGCAACACAAGCAAUCUGCGCAAAUUUGGCGGCUACCUUGGCAUAAACCGCGGGCUGCAGGUGCUGCGGCGCAAGAUUCAGUGUCUGGUGCACUCGAAAGAAAACAACAACAAAGAGAUCGGCUUCGACAACCUCGGUUUCCCGCCCGACACGGUCAAAAUAAUUGCCCCUGCGCGGACACAGCCAGUGCAGCCGCUCAUCCAGGACGUGGGAAAGCGGAAAAAGGCGCGUGGACGGGCGGUGGUGGCGCGGCGUCUCCGCCAGGGCAAGGUCAAGUACAGGCUCAAACUGGUCAGGCAUCGUAAGCACAAAAACCACCGGGUCACGCCCAAGAAGCCGCAGCAGGUGCCUCAGCAACAAGUGCUCUUGGCGAAAAAGAGGAAAGCAGGGUCUUACAAAGAGAACUCGAGUCUGAACGGAACGAAAGCCGGCGAGAGCCUCCUGGUGACGAACAGGGCGGCCGUCGGACUGCUAGGCGCGCGGCCGCACUCUGCCCUGGGGGACGCGGCCGCGGCCCACCCUUCCACCGCCUCCAUGGCCAUCGGCUCGCAGAUGGAGGCGGACGCGUUGCGAGCCAACAAGUCUAAAGGAACCCUAAUCAGACUGAGCGACCUGGCCGAGACCAAAAACCACAAAAAAUCGACCUUUGGCGGCACCCAAACGAUGGUUACGGUGCAACAAGUUCCACGCGUUUUAUCUGCACAGCUAAACCCUGUGCCUGGCGAGUCCUCGAGUUUGAAGUUUAUGCCGGCCCAGUCAAAAUCAGCGUUGUUCUCAUUUUCGAAGAAGGACCACGAGAAGACAUGAUAAGGUGCUGAGGAGAAGUCACUGUCAACCGAUCGUGCGUGAUCCUCAUGUUGGCAGAAAGCUGCCUGUGAUGUCUGUUGGCGUGAGCACAUUUUUCCCUUGUGCGUGAAUUAUGCCAACGCUGCAGCUUUGGAUUUAUGUGAGCAAGUGGGAGUUGGUCUGCGACGUAAACUCCACGAAUCAACCAAACGAACAAGCAAUAGUAUACCUAUUAUGCGACACAACAAUUUGUUCAUUACUCUUCUGCCCGGACGAGAGGCCAAAAUGGAAGACGAAAAAUAAUACAAACAGGAGAAGAGAAGACCAACAAAGACUGUUUAGUGAUAUUAACUUCUAAUAUUCUGAAAUCUCUUGUUGUUUGAAUUGGGUUGAACUAAAGCGCUCUGAUUCAAAGAAAAAAAAAAGAAAAGAAAAUGUUAAUAAAUCCGACAAGUUUGAGCA